GCAAUUGGGGCCGAGGCGGGGAGGCCCCCCUGCCCCCCAGCAUGGAGCCGGCCGCCCGCGCGGGCCCUCGCGCAGAUGAGAAUGGGAUGGGAGCUGACAAUGAGGAGGCCGGGCUAGCUCAGAACGCUCCUAAGACGGUGGAAUCUCUCAUGGCAUUAACGGACACGUUCAGAGAGCGUGAUUCCCAGGGUCCUGGCAAAGAGGAUUCCUCUGGGAGUCCGAGCAGGACACAGUGGCAGCAGGGAGACACUGUAGGGAAGAGACAGAGUAAAUCUGACUGGGGCCAGCCAAAGAGCCAACCCAGAGAGAAGCCCCAUCAGUGUCCUCAAUGUGGGAAAAGUUUUGGGCACAGCUCACACCUUAUUACGCACUGGAGAGUCCAUACAGGAGAGACGCCCCAUCAGUGCGCCGAAUGUGGGAAGAGGUUCAAGCACAGGUCCUCCCUCAAUACGCACCAGAGAGUGCACACGGGAGAGAGGCCCCACCAGUGUCUUGAGUGCGGGAAGAGCUUCCGGCACAGCUCCCACCUGAUCACGCACCGGAGAGUCCACACAGGAGAGAAGCCCCAUCAAUGCGCUGAGUGCGGGAGGAGAUUCCGGCACAGCUCUUCCCUUAACACGCACCGGAGAGUGCACAUGGGAGAGAAACCCCAUCAGUGCGCUGAGUGUGGGAGGAGAUUCCGGCAGAGCUCGCACCUGAUCACCCACCAGCGGGUUCACACUGGAGAGAGACCCUACCAGUGCACUGAAUGCGGGAAAACCUUUGCUGGCCACUCCGCCUUCGCCACCCACCAGUGGAUCCACACUGGAGAGAAGUCCCACGCAUGCGCCGAGUGUGGGAAGCGGUUCCGGCACAGCUCCUCCCUCCAUGCCCAUCGCAGAGUGCACACUGGAGAGAAACCCCAUCAAUGCGCUGAGUGCGGGAGGCGCUUCCGGCAGAACUCGCACCUGAUCGCGCACCGGAGGGUCCACAUGGGGGAGAGCGCCUUCCGUUGCCCGGGGUGUGGGAAAGGAUUCAGCCACGGCACAGACCUCAUUCGACACUGCAGGAAGGUGCCAGUGACGUUUGCGGACGUGGCGGUGCACUUCACAGCGGCAGAGUGGGCCCUUCUGGGCGAGAGGCAGCGGGAGCUCUACCGGGACACGAUGAUGGAGAACUAUGGGAACGUGGCCUCUCUGGGGAUUCCCGUUCACAAGCCUGACAUCAUCUCCUGCCUGGAGCGAGGAGAGGAGCCCUUUGUCCCAGCUUCCCGGGGCCUUGAGGAACCAGAGAUCCUGAGAGGCAUCUACACAGGGGACGGCUCGUGCCCAGACGCCCUCUUUAUCCCAGAUGAUGACGGGAUUGUGUCUCCAACUCGAGAGUCCUCACCUGGGAAUCCCAACUGGAGAGCGAGCGAAACAGUGGGCCCCCUCUGGAGCUGCACGGAGAGAAACACCCUCCGUGCACUGACUGUGGGGGGCGUCACAGCUGGUGUUGCAUCAGAGACACCCCGCCGGAUAGAAACCAGCCGGGACGCGUGCCCUGGGCCCAGGGGACCCUGUCCCACCAGACGCGUUCUGCAUCACACGCCAUUCGAGGCAUGUGGGGUCAGCCGUGAGUUGUGGGCUCGGGGAAAGGGAGCACAUUCCUGGGGUGAUUAAUUGCUUGGGAAUCAUAUAAUGGGGGGGCAUUGGGGUGGAAACCAGAGGAGAAAGAUUCCUGGCUGACCUUGGGCAAGUCACUGCCCUGCUCUCUGCCUCAGUUUCCCUAUCAGUAAAAUGGGGGUAAUAUUACUGACCUUUGUCAAACACUUUGAGGUCUAGUGAUGAAAAGCACUAGACAAGAGCUAGGUCUUUAUUAUUAUUUUAUUUUAUUAUUAAGGAGAAGCAUCUUGGGUUUAUUGAUCAUUGCUUAGGUGCCAGUGAUCAUUACUUGAUUACAUUUGUCAGGUGCAAACAGAAUAAUGUCCAAACCAGUAUAAUUAUUUCUACACUUGUACUUUAAAUUGGCCUGUUUCACAAAGCUGAAAACAGUGACGAGUCAAUGAGCUGGGAGAAAGCAUUUAAUCAGAAAACUGUGAAUGCUCUUUUGGAGUUGUAUAAGAACAUUGUACUAGAUGCCCCAAAAGCCCAAAUUUCCCAAGCAAGAAAGAAGGCUAUACCAAUGGGGAAAAAAACAACAACCUGGCUUAGAGGAGAAACGAAAGCAGAUAUAAAAAAAAUACAGUACGUAACAUAUGGGAAGAAAUAUAAAUUAGACGCUAGGAAUUGUAGAAAAUUGCUAAGGGAAGCAAAAGGACACAAGGAGAUUAUCUACGGCCAGCUGAGUUAAGGACAAUAAAACACAUUUUAAGAAUAUUCAGAACAAAAGGAAACCUAAAAAUGGUAUUUGUCCAUUACUAGGUGGAAAUGGUAGAGCUGACAAUAAUAAUGUAGAAAAGGCAAACGUGUUCAAUAAAUUUUUCUGUUUUCCAUUUGGGAAAAUGCCAGAUAAUGUAUGCGUGUUAUAUGAUGGUGAGAAAUACUUUCUAUUCCAACAGUGACUAAGGAGAAUGUUAACAGCAGCUUCUUUUAAAGCAGCAGAUGUGGAUAACUUGCAUCUAGGAGUUUUAAAAGAGCUGGCCGAGGACCUUGCUAGCCCAUUAAUGCUGAUUUUUGAAAAAGCUUAAUACACUGGGGAAGUUCCAAAGGCCUGGAAGAAAGCUAAUGUUGUGCCAGUAUUUUAAAACGGUAAAGAGUUCACCCUGGGUAAUUGUAGGCCUGUGAGACUGGCAUUGAUCCCAGGCAAAAUAGUAGAAUGGUAGAUAUCCAACUCAAUCACUAAUAGAAUUAAUGCCAAUAGCAUGGGUUAUAGAAAAUAGAUCCACUCAAACUAACUUGAGAUCUUUUUUUUAGGUGAUUACAAGUUUGGUUGGUAAAGGUAAUAGCGUUGAUGUAGUAUGCUUAGAAUUUUGUGAGGCAUUUGACUUGUGAACACAACGUUUUGAUGAAGAAACUAGAACAGUACGAAAUUAACAUGGUGGCACCUGUUAAAUGGAUUAAAAACUGGCUGGCU